AUGUCUUCUCCUACUAUUAUUCGUGGGCCUCAGGUGUGGGAUGGCAUGCUGGAGAAAUCCCCAGAAAAUUUCACCUUGGACAUUUCCAAGGAAGACCAUGCUGAGAUUGACCAAGCUCUUAGCACUUUCAAAAAAUUUGAACUUGACGGUGGUUGUGUCCGCCCUGAUAACUUCCCCCUCCCCAGCUUCAUCGAGCGCUUCGAAAAAGCAAAGGAUGUGAUCCAUAAGGGUGCUGGAUUUUUCAUCAUCAGAGGCAUAGAUCAGACUAAGUUUUCCGUGGAGGACUCUGUUGUUGUCUACCUAGGCAUUGCCCGACAUAUCGGAGAUCGAUUCGGUCUCCAGGACAGGAAGGGAAAUUUGUUGUGCCAUGUUACCGACGCGAAGACAUGGACGGUCCCCCAUCACCUCCGCCAUGGAAUUCACUCGACUAAGGAAUUGCCUUUUCACAAUGACAUGGGUUGUGAUAUCCUUUGUCUCCAGGCCCGACAGAGUGCCGCCAGCGGUGGCUAUACUUAUCUUGCCUCGGGGGCAACCGUUUUCAACGACAUUGCGACUCGCAGCCCGGAGGCUAUUGACACUUUGUUCGAGAACGGCUGGCCUAUCCAAGUUCUCAGCGAGCAUCAGAAGGCGGCUCUCGAGGCUGUUAUGGAAUCGGCCAAGCGCAACGAACUUCGCCUUCGCCUGAACACUGGCGAUAUUCUUUUCGUCAAUAACUGGGCGGUUUUGCACCGCCGUGAUCCAUACAGCGAUGACGAUCAUACAUCGCGUCACUUGGUCCGCUUGUGGCUUCGAAACAAUCAAAUGGCUUGGGCCAUCCCUCAAGAGAUGCAGGUGCCUUGGAAGGCGGCCUACGGUCGUAGCGAGGAAGAGGGGAGUUAUUCUAUCUACCCCAUGCCCGAGUACAAGGCGCCUCGUUACACCGCUGGCUCUGCUGCCUUCGUGAUUGAGGAUAGCGAUGACGAGUAA